AUGACCAGUCGAGAACUAUCAAAUCAUAUGAACACGUUCCGAUUGAUCCGGCCGCAGCGGGUCAAGCGAAACAGGCCAACGGUGUCAUGUACCGCCUGCCGAGCCCGUAAGCAGAGAUGUGAUAGACAGCAGCCUUGCAGCGGGUGCCAGAAGCGUGGUAUUCAAGAAUCAUGUUGUUUCGAGUCCCUUCCAAGACCUGCUAAGUCUACCUCGGCCGAGAAUAGCGAGGGUCGGGUUCAAAGUGAGCUUCGACAAAUGCGGAGUGUGCUGCAGAGCCUCCUCAGUCAGCCUGGACAAGACCAAUCAGCCGAAUCCUACAAACAGCUGCUUGAGAGCGUAGGGCGUAUCGAGCAGAAAAUCGACCAAAAUCCCAGCCAAAGUCUUACAAAGACUCCUUCUACAUACCAUAUUCCAGAAAUUAUCUUCGGACCUACGGAAAAGGUUUCAGUGCGAGAUAUUCCCAAAGCGUUGCCGUCUCGUCAGAUAACGGAUCGCAUGGUAUCAGCAUACUUCAACGCCAAAUACGUCGCCGUUCCGUUUAUUCACACUCACCAAUUUCGUCGACAGUAUGAAGAAUUCUGGAAGGAUCCAACUUCCAGCAGUUUCUUGUGGAUCAGUAUAUUGUUCUCGAUUAUGGCUGUUGGUGCUAUAAUUUCAAAGUCAGCUGUCCAAGAGUCAUCGCUGUAUAUCAACCUGUCAGCGCGAUACCUUGUCUCGGGACAGUACCACAAGGCUGCAGAGUUCUCAGUCGAAGCCUUGGCCAUGCAUCUUCAUGCCCGAAGCUUCCAGAAGGACAACCCAGACCCAGACCUCGAUCCAUCUCAAUUACAUGCAGUGACCGUUCGUAUUGCUCAACAGAAAUUCUAUCAUUGCGAUAUGAACCAGUUUUUACAACUCGUCACUCCAUUUGAAGCAGAGAUGAGACGGCGCGUUUGGUUCUUCAUCCAGUAUCACGACGUGUUAACUUCGCUCGAGUAUGGUCUUCCUCCACUAAUCCAUGGAGAAACAUCCUCGGGCUACCAUCCUACAAACGCCACAGAUGACGACUUCGAUGAGGACUCCAUGGUUGUAUCGACGCGGCCGACUACGGAAGCUCAAUCCAUGUUACCCUAUGUGUUCAUGUCUCGGCUUCUGCCAAUCUUACGUCGAAUAAUAUGUCAUACUCAAGGCUUCGAGAUAUGUAGCUACUCGGACGCAAUGUCUUUAAAGGCGCAAUUAGACGCCUGGUACGGCUCGAUACCUCCUUGCCUUCGCAUCCGCUCGAUCAAAGAUUCUGCAUUCACCGAUUCUAAUCACAUUGCCAUGCAACGAGUCCUCCUUGAGCUUAUCUACACCACCAGUAUCACGUUAUUACAUCGCCCAUUUCUGGAUUCAAUGACAUACAGUGGACACGAGUUUCAAACAGCCCUUGAUGUAUGCCGAAAGAAUGCCGUGCGAUCCAUUGGAGUCUAUGUGGAAGUCGAUCGCGAGAUGCAAAAAGGUGGAAGGCUGCACGACGACCAACAUAUUGCCGCGAACUUACCUUUCAGCGACUUCCUGAUGAUGACUAUCGUUGCGCCGCUUGAGUUCUUCGACUGCGUAGAUCUGCCACCUGUCGAGGGGAGGCCAUGCGCCUCGGUCCAUGCGCUUGAAAGCUCGCGAAUGCUUCGAGUAGUCUUGUCCAAUAUGUGUAUAAGGAAGUCAGGACCGAGUCGUAUUUCGAAUCCCCAUCAGUACUCGAACUAUAUCCAGAGUCCUGAAGUUAUAGAGGAUGAUGACCAUGUGCCAGUGGGCUCGGAUAGAAAUGUGUUUGGGUACGAAGGUGUUGAGGUUGAAUGCGGAAUCAGCAGUACCGAGUGGGAUGGCACAAUGGAGGAUUCAGAUCUACUCAUUGAUUACGAAUCCUUCAAUGAAGUGUUUAUGAACGAUGCAUGCUUGGAUCCCAUUCAGUAUUAA